GAGAGAGCCUACGACAGUCAAAGUCAGAGACAUCAAUUUUAAUUUCGAAUUUGAAUUUCCAAAUGAAAAAUCAUCUCCCAUUGUUGUUAUAUCCACAGUAAAUGCUUUCAACUCUUAGGGGAAGGGAUCUGAUUGAUGGUUUUUUGUUUUUUUCUGUUUCCCUCUGUCACCCAGUAAAGCAAAAAAGCAACAUCACAAACACAGAAGAACGAGGGAGAGAGAGAAAGAGAGAAAACCCUUUUCUUUCACCAUUGUUGAUGGAGGAGAAUGCUUCAUUUCUCAUUUUUUUGUUUCUGAUGAGAGAAUGAAAGAGAGAGAAGAAAGUAAAGCUUUUUUUCGUUUUCUCUUCUGGAUCUAAUUUCUUUAUAGCUUGAUACUAAAGCUACUACAUAAACAAAUUAGGUGAAAUCAAAAGAUUGUGUUUGCGAUAAGCUUUGAGAAAAUUUCGGUUGCAUGUUACCUUACUAUCCAAGUCUAAAUCUUUUUUAAAGUCUUAUCGACCCUUUAGGUUCUGAUUUUGUUCUUAUCUAAUUAUCCUUUUCAGAAGAAAGAAAAAAAAAAAAUCAGAUUUUCUCUCUUCCCCUUUUGUAGCCAUUAAGCACAAAGUUCGAACCUUUUAGGGUCCCCAGCGAAUUUGCAUCCUUUUGCUGGGAAACAAAAUCUAAGUUAAAGGUUAGAAGUCAGAAGCUAUGGAUCGAAGAGAGGCAAUGGCGUUAUCCGGGUCGGGUUCUUACUACAUCCAAAGAGGAUUACCCGGUUCAGGUCCUCCUCCUCCACAAACUCAACCAACGUUUCACGGAUCACAAGGGUUUCACCAUUUCUCCAAUUCCAACUCUCCUUUCGGAUCGAACCAAAACCCGAACCCAGGAGGCGGUUCCACUGGAUUCGUCUCUCCUCCUUUACCAAUUCAGGAGUCUUCUCCGGCGGCCGAUUCUUCAUUGGCGGUUGCUCCUCCUCCGUCUGGUGAGACGUCUGUGAAGCGGAAGAGGGGAAGGCCUAGAAAAUACGGACAGGACGGCUCUGUUUCGUUGGCAUUGUCUCCUUCAGUCUCCCCAAACUCCAACAAACGUGGCCGUGGAAGACCUCCCGGCUCCGGCAAGAAGCAAAGGCUUGCUUCCAUUGGUGAAUUAAUGAUGCCUUCAUCGUCGGGAAUGAGCUUCACGCCGCACGUUAUCGUAGUGUCCAUUGGUGAAGACAUUGCAUCAAAGGUCAUAUCUUUCUCGCAGCAAGGUCCAAGAGCGAUUUGUGUCUUAUCCGCUAGUGGCGCAGUCUCUACUGCAACUCUUAUUCAGCAAUCACCAAUCCAUGGAACUAUUACAUACGAGGGUCGAUUCGAGCUCAUAUCUCUCUCAACUUCUUACCUGAACGCAACUGAGAAUGAAUACCCAAACCGCACUGGAAAUCUAUCGGUCUCACUUGCUAGUCCUGAUGGUCAUGUCAUUGGUGGUGGAAUCGGAGGGCCUCUAAUAGCAGCAAGCCCAGUUCAGGUUAUCGUUGGGAGCUUCCUUUGGGCGAUUCCGAAAGCCAAGAUCAAGAAACGAGAAGAAACUUGUGAAGAUGUCCAAGACACUGAUGCUUUGGACAACAACGACAACACAGCAGCUACGUCGUCUCCUGUUCCUCAGCAAAGCCAGAACCUUGUUCAGACCCCCGUAGGCAUUUGGUCAACCGGUUCAAGAUCAAUGGAUAUGCAUCACGCCCAUAUGGACAUUGAUCUAAUGCGCGGAUGAUUCAUUGUAUAUAUAAGCAUUGAAUCUAGGAGACCGAGUUUAAAGACUUUUAGCUAACCUCUUUGAGAAAGAAACAAAAAAAGUCUUUUGGUAAUGUUUAGGAAAGAAAAAGACUAGUAGUUGUAGUGAUUUUCAGAUUUCCCGCGUGUUUUCAAGCUUUUGAUUAAUUGAUUUGGUUUCUUGACUUGUGAAGAAGAAAAGUUUCGUUUGUUUCAUAUAUUAUGUUUUUGCAUUCUACAGCAUACAGUCUGUUUUAGCAGGAAGUCGUCGGAAGAAGUUAACCAGACCAGGAGGUGUCUUUCGCCUGAACCUUGGAUGUCUCAUGAUGUAUAACCCGGCGAGGAGAACAAAAACCUUAAACGGCACAACAUACAAAACCACAGAAGAAACCAGACAAAGCACCAUGAAGAUCGAAGUUGCUCUUGGAUCCCUCCAGCUUAACAGAGCCUGGACUCUCUCUCCUUGACCCGCUAUAUCUCCCACAACCGUUUGAGCUCUACUCGCGAUACUCCUCAACCGCUCGUACCGCAUUUUCACCAUCCCCGGGUCUUGUGAUGAAUAAGGAAAUGUAUCAAACUCUUCGCUAAGCUCUUCGGGAUGAAUAUUGUCUGCAAAUGAAAGUCUUGUGUCCAUAUGUGGAGGUUGUCUCGGCCGCAAUCUGUUUCUUCCACCUGCAGAUAUCUUGAAACCAUUCUCCGGUACCUAGUAAACCGGAGAAAACCGAUCUCAACCUGGAGAGAUUCGCUCGGCUUUUCCUCAUGCUCCAGAAAUGCGAGUUUGAAUCAGAAAUGUAUUCGAUCACUUCCUUCCUCAGCGGCGGCUCGGCUCUGCUUAACCGAGCCGCCACCAAGUUAACCGCGUGCUGCCUGAGAAUCUCCUGCUGCACGACUUUCAACGGUCUCGCGUAAUGCAUUCUCGGGAGAAGCGGUUUCCAGUACUGAAGAAGCAUCUGAAAGAUCGACGUGCAAGAGAACCGAAUCGCCAAGUGCAGUUCACCCAUCUUCUUUACACCCGAAGGUCGAAGAACAAGAAGCGGAUACGAGUUUGUGUAGAUUCUUCCGGAUUCAAGAGUCGAGAUUCUUACUCGGACUUUCCCAAUCUUCCCGUCUCUGUUGUUACCGUUACCGCCACUGAUCUGAUUGUUGUCGAAAACGCCGAUUGUGAUUACGGUCGCUGGCUCAUAAACCUCCCACGUGUACUGCUCGUUGAACCGCGGGUUUAAAGAGUCUGAAACGGUCCGAGUCCUGACCCAUUUGGUUCCAUACUUAGCCACACAGUAAGCAUCCACCGUCUCUUUCUUCCCAUCUUGGCUCACAAAUAAACCUUCAACACCCAAGAUCCCUAAUUCAAGAACACCAAUCGACGGCUGCUGACGACGAUUCCACAGCUCUUUCAUCGACGGUCUGAAAUCGCUGCUGCAGUAAGUGGAUUCGUCAAGAACGUGGUAGCCUCCUUCUAAACAAACGUUCAGAAGAAGCCUCGUCGUCGCGAAUCUCACUCUCCUCUGGUUCUCAAACGCAAGACUGAACCAACGGUUAGGCACUGUCCGGUUAUCAUCAACCCGUCUAUCGACUGUAUCGAUCGGUAUCUUUACCUUUCCCAGCGUUUCCUCUCGGUUAACCGCGACUCGGUCUUCGAUCGAGAUUUCAAGAUCUUCAAACGGUUCGACCGCGACAAGUGUGAACUCUUCGUUCCAUCUCGGGUUUAGCGAUAGGCUCGGUUUGGUUCGAACCAUUUGGUUGUUUAACUUAAUUUUGACGUAUGGAUUAGGAAACCGAGUCCGGUCUGGUACAAUAACCAAGUCUUGCGCCUCGAUGACGUUAACGCGAAGGUACCACAGCCUCGGAGAAUGAUAGAUUUUAGAACGCAGAGUCGAUUUGUUUACAGCGUUUAAAGCGUCUGAGUACGUCGCGUCUGAGAAAGCUUCGUCGGCUUGAGUGCCGAACCAAACAGCCAACAUAAUCUCGCCUCCUUUCUCGGCGUUGACUCUGUACCAUUCUGGAGCUAAAGGACUGUCGGGGGCGACACGUGUCGGUACCUCAUUGAGAUCGAACCGGAUUAAACCGACGAAAUCGUCUUUGAUCGCGUCUUUGUCCAUGACGAUGACUUCCAGAAAGUUCGAUUGUUGAUCGGAUUUGGAGAAAGCGAUGACUUCGUUCCAAAUCGGGUUUUGAUUCUUCACGAAAUGUUUCGUUCUCGCCGUAAAGUUUCCGAGUUUGACUUGUAUGUACGGAUCUAGACUUCCGGUUGGGUCCAUGUUUGGGAGAUCCCGAGCUUUCACGAUUUUGACGAAGAGGAACUCCAUUGGCUCGACGAGAUCAUGACCGGUGGUGGUUCUCGCUCGUUUGCCUCCUCCGAGAACCGGAUUCGUCUCUUUGAUUGAAUAAUCCGGUGGGUUCGGAUUAAAUCCCAUUGUUGCAGGUAUCGGAGAACCAAACCUUCCCGCUUGAAAUCGAGAAGCUUCUAUGACCGAUGGCGGUUGCGGUUGAGGCGAGUGUCGUUGAGGUAUUUGCGGUUGAGGUGAGUGCGGUUGCGGUUGAAGCGGUUGAGAUUGAGGCGUCUGCGGUUGAGGCGAGUGCGGUUGAAGCGGCUGUUGAUUUCUUCGUUGGCUAGGUUUACUCUUCUCGGUUGUGGGAAUGUUGUGGAAUUUGUGCCUUGUGUUAGAAGUAAUCUUCUUUGUAGGGAACGGAUUCGGUACGUUAAGAGAGGGGCUAUCAGUUACAAACACCUUCAGAGCGAGCUCACCUCUAGUGGCGGCUGUGAAAGAGAAGACGCCCCAUUUCUCCUUCUCGAGAGGGUAAUGCAACCCGACAGCUUCAGAGUAGGGCACAAACGCAGUUCCGAAGAUUCGAAUCUUACCAAGACACGAUUUCGUUAUGUUGCUGGUUUUAUUGUAAACGUAAGCCUCAAGAACCCGAUUCGAUAAAUCCUCUGUAUCAGAGAUGUUGAAGAAGAACUUCUCGUUCCAAAUCGGACUCGAAUCGUCGAUCUUUGUGGAGGUUUUGACUUUUUGAUCGUUGAAUCGUAGCUCGACGAAGGCGUUAACACCACCGUAGCCAUCGCCGUGAGAAUUCUCCUCUCGGGGUUUGAGCCUCGCGCUUAUGACUUCAACGCCAAGUUUCAGAUUACCCAUUCAAUUUUUA